AUGUAUCUAUCUCUAAGUGGAAUUAUCAUCACCACAGUCUUCGGCAAUAUGGCUAUCAUCAUCUCAAUCACCUAUUUCAGACAGCUGCAUUCCCCAACUAACUUCCUCAUCCUUUCCAUGGCCAUCACCGAUUUCCUCCUUGGCUUCUUCAUUAUGCCCUACAGCAUGGUUAGAUCAGUGGAACGCUGUUGGCGUUUUGGAAUGACCUUCUGCAAGAUCCACUACAGUUUUGACUUGAUGCUCUGCUUGGUGUCUAUUUUUCACCUUUGCUCAAUUGCAGUAGAUCGAUUCUACGCCAUCUGCUAUCCCCUUCAUUAUUCACACAAAAUUACAGUCCCUAGAAUCAGGCAAUUAAUUCUCGUUUGCUGGUCAGUGCCAUCUUCUUUUGCUUUCGGGUUGGGUUUUUCUGAAGCAUAUGCUUCUGGCAUUGAUAUUUAUGAGAUUUUGGUUGCGUGUUCUAGUUCUUGUCCAAUAAUAUUCAAUAAACUUUGGGGAACUGUUCUGUUUUCAUUUGGUUUUUUCAUUCCUGCCUCUGUCAUAAUUGGAAUUUAUAUAAAAAUCUUUGCUGUGUCUAAAAAACAUCUGAGGAUCAUGAAAAGUUCAGGCAACAAAAAUUCUAACCAGCUUUCUAAAAGCACAGACAGAAAAGCUGCUAAGACCUUAAGUAUUGUGAUAGGGGUUUACUUCUUCUGUUGGUUUCCAUGUCUUAUCACAAUUUUAAUUGACCCUUUUUUAGAUUUUUCAACUCCCGCUGUGCUGUUUGAUGGCCUCAAUUGGCUUGGUUACUUCAACUCCAGCUGUAACCCAUUAAUAUAUGGCUUUUUUUACCCAUGGUUUCGAAAAGCACUUAGAUACGUCCUCUCAGGAAAGAUAUUCCAACAUUUCUCCACUGCUAAUCUUUUUCCUGAAAAUAAAGCUGUCCCGUUGUUUGGAGGCCGUACGGGUCUGGAUGGGGAGAAACAGACUCAGACUCAAUCCAUCCAAGACGGAGUGGCUGUGGAUGCCGGCAUCCCAGUACAGUCAGCUGCAACCGCGGCUGACUGUUGGGGGCGAGUCACUGGCCCCAACGGAAAGGGUGCGCAACUUGGGCGUUCUCCUGGAUGGACGGCUGUCGUUUGAAGAUCACUUGACGGCUGUCUCCAGGAGAGCUUUUUACCAGGUUCGCCUGGUCCGCCAGUUGCGCCCCUUUCUUGACCGGGAUGCCUUAUGCACGGUCACUCAUGCUCUCGUCACUUCUCGCCUGGAUUAUUGCAAUGCUCUCUACAUGGGGCUACCCCUGAAGUGCACUCGGAGACUUCAGCUAGUCCAGAAUGCAGCUGCGCGGGUGAUUGAGGGAGCACCACGUUGCUCCCAGGUAACACCACUCCUGCGCAGUCUGCACUGGCUACCUGUGGUCUUCCGGGUGCGCUUCAAGGUUUUGGUUACCACCUUCAAAGCGCUCCAUGGCUUAGGGCCCGGGUACUUACGGGACCGCCUGCUGUUUCCAUAUGCCUCCCA